GCCCCCAGCCAGCUGGCCAAGAGGAAGGCGGGCGAGGAAGAGGAAGAAGAGGAGGAGGAGGAGCAGGAGCGGCUCGUCCCGGCGUCAAAACUCUUGCAAAUUUGGAGCUUUGGAGCCAGCUCUUCCUGACCUUGCAUUUGAAAUGGGCAAAGGCUGCAAACAGAGGUGAUUACAGAAGAGACACCUGUUUAGCAUAGAUCAGACUGAACACAAGGCAUUAUCAUCUCCAAAGAAUGAGCAAUGCGUGGAAAAAGAAAACAUGCUAUUGGAGGGACAUUCUGUGUAACUUUCAAGAAAGCACAUUUACUUAGAUGAAACUUAACUCUACUUCAUCUUAAAUCAAAGACUCGCAAGAGACAGAAGCCUGUCAGUGAGACGGAGAGUGGAGAAUGUUACAGGUCACCUUUCCGGAAACCCUUAGCUCCGUUGACCAAUAGACCUCACUGCAUGGAUAGCAGUCAACAUGAGGCUUUUAUCCGCAGUAUUUUGUCCAAACCCUUCAAAGUUCCCAUUCCAAAUUAUAAAGGGCCACUGGGCUUGCGCGCGCUGGGUAUCAAACGAGCAGGGCUGAGGAGUCCUCUCCAUGACCCUUUUGAGGAAGGAGCUCUGGUUCUGUACGAGCCCCCGCUGCUGAGUGCCCACGACCAGCUGAAAAUAGACAAGGACAAAGCACCUGUCCAUGUUGUGGUGGAUCCUGUCCUUAGCCGUGUUUUACGGCCCCAUCAGAGAGAAGGAGUGAAGUUCCUCUGGGACUGUGUGACAAGCCGGCGGAUCCCUGGGAGUCAUGGCUGUAUCAUGGCAGAUGAAAUGGGGCUGGGCAAAACCCUGCAGUGCAUCACACUCAUGUGGACGCUUCUCCGGCAAAGUCCAGACUGCAAGCCUGAAAUUGAGAAAGCCAUGGUGGUGUCUCCCUCCAGCUUGGUGAGAAACUGGUACAAUGAAGUAGAGAAAUGGCUGGGGGGAAGGAUCCAGCCACUGGCCAUUGACGGAGGCUCCAAAGAAGAGAUUGACCGUAAACUAGUUGGCUUUAUGAACCAGCGUGGCCUGCGAGUGCCUUCACCCAUCCUGAUCAUCUCCUAUGAAACCUUCCGACUCCAUGCCGAGGCGUUACAGAAGGGCAGUGUUGGGCUGGUCAUAUGUGAUGAGGGCCAUAGACUGAAGAACUCUGAAAACCAAACAUACCAGGCUCUCAACAGCUUAAAUACACCUCGACGAGUCCUUAUCUCAGGCACCCCCAUACAGAAUGACCUGCUGGAAUAUUUCAGCCUGGUACACUUUGUCAAUUCAGGCAUCCUAGGGACUGCGCAGGAAUUUAAAAGGCAUUUUGAAAUUCCCAUCUUGAAAGGCAGAGAUGCGGAUGCAAGUGAAGCUGAGCGACACAAAGGAGAAGAGAGGCUUAAAGAACUGAUCAGCAUUGUGAACAGGUGUUUAAUCCGCAGAACGUCAGACAUCCUAUCCAAAUACCUGCCAGUGAAGAUCGAGCAAGUGGUCUGCUGCAGACUGACACCUCUGCAGGCUGAGCUGUACAAGAACUUCCUGAAGCAAGCCAAGCCGGUGGAGGAGCUGAAGGAGGGCAAAAUCAGUGUGUCAUCUCUCUCCUCCAUCACUUCCUUGAAGAAGCUCUGCAACCACCCGGCUCUUAUCUAUGAUAAGUGUGUGGAAGAAGAAGAAGGUUUUAUGGGAGCCCUGGACUUGUUUCCUGCUGGCUACAGCACUAAAUCUGUGGAGCCUCAGCUUUCAGGAAAGAUGCUAGUUUUGGACUACAUCCUUGCUGUUACGAAAAGCACCAGUAACGACAAGGUGGUUUUAGUAUCUAACUACACUCAGACACUGGACCUGUUUGAAAAGCUCUGCAGGAACAGAAGGUAUUUAUAUGUCCGGCUGGAUGGCACCAUGUCCAUUAAAAAGAGAGCAAAGAUUGUGGAGCGAUUCAACAGCCCCUCGAGCCCUGAGUUUAUCUUCAUGUUAAGCAGCAAAGCAGGUGGCUGUGGUCUGAAUUUGAUUGGGGCUAACAGACUGGUUAUGUUCGACCCAGACUGGAAUCCAGCUAACGAUGAGCAGGCCAUGGCUCGUGUGUGGCGGGAUGGCCAGAAGAAGACCUGCUACAUCUAUCGACUGCUUUCAACAGGGACCAUAGAGGAGAAGAUAUUCCAACGCCAGACCCACAAGAAGGCCCUCAGCAGCUGUGUAGUGGAUGAAGAGCAGGAUGUAGAAAGGCACUUCUCACUUGGGGAGCUGAAGGAGCUCUUCACAUUGAAUGAGACCACCACCAGUGACACCCAUGACAAGAUCAAGUGUCGUCGUUGUGUGAAUGGCCACCAGGUGCGGCCCCCUCCUGAAGGCUCCGACUGCACCUCUGACCUCUCCCAGUGGAACCACUGUGCUGAUAAGCGGGGGCUGCAGGACUCUGUGCUGAAGGCUGCAUGGGAUGCUGCCGUCACCUUCACCUUUCAUCAUCACUCCCAUGAGGAGCAGCGAGGGAUUCCCUAACAGGUUACUGUCCCCUGUGGGGGCAAGGGCAGGCUGCUCUGGCAGUCCACCCCACUUUAGUUCCUUUCAGGGAAAGGGGCAGUGGGUGGCAGUACGUGUGCUGGAUUGGCGUGUGGCUGUUGGAAUAGCAGAAUAACAUCGUUUCUGAGAGGCUGGAAGGGAUUUAGCAUUGGGUAGUCUACUGCAAGAACAAGGAAUCCAUGGCUUUUUCUCUGCUGUUGUAUUAUGUGCCUGAAAAACAGCCUUUUUGCAACUGGGAAGAACUGGACCUCGUGCACUUCAUCAGAUUCAGCACUGGUUCUUGUGAUUUUGGUGUCUGUGCCUUCUACUCAGCCAAGUUUUGUUCUUCAGGUUUAAGUUAAGCCUGCAGUUUUAUAGCACUUGAUGUGCACAAUCGUGGUUUUCUUCUUAGACAGCUGUGGCUUAUGGCUGCUGAUCAGAACGUUGCAGGAUUCAUUUCUGUUGUGAAAUGUGAACCUUGCUGAUUACUUUAGGAACAAGAGGAUUUGUACAAGGGGAAAAAAAAGAUCACCUUGAAUGUUGAACAUCUGGCCUGAAAGAUCAUACAGGCAGUAAAAAAAUCAGGCUUUAUUAAGGUAACUCAAUUUCUAAAAUUAUUUGCUUUGUUAUGGGCAGGAUCCUCUGAUCUAGCAGUGUUUUAAUUACAUCAUAUUACAAGCCAGUAAUAAAAUUCACACUUUUGUAGAUUAUGGGUCUUAAUUAUUUUUAUUAUAAAAACAUUACAAAAGAACAAACCGUUCAAAACCUCUGUAAAAGGACUGCAGACAUUGGAGAGAGGCAACACAACUGCAUGUGAACAGCAGGCUACUUGGUACAUAAAGAAUUUUUAUAUGAAGUAAAAUUUUCUAAAUGUAAAAGGUCAAGACUGGGUGCUUUUUUAGCUUGUUUUCUACUCCCUUUAAGUGGAGGGAAGAGUUCUUAUUUCACAGAUCACAGAACGGUUAAGUAGGAAAGAGUCUUAAAGUCAGAUUGUCCAAUGCCCCUGCUCAAAAGCAAGGUCACCUAGAGCUGCUUGCCACACAUCCCAGCCAGAUGGCUUUUGAGUCUCUCCAACAAUGGAGAUAGUUCUUGAUGAGAUACUGGCUGAUACAAUGUGAGAUUUGUAACAACACUCGGUGAAAUAAAUAACUGCUUGUCCCAACAUCUGCAGGAAGUCACAGAAGCUUAUUUGAUAUCCGUCCCACUUAAAAUAUCCAAACUGAGGAGAUGGUAAGAGGUAGAUCACCUGGAAAUACAGCUGUUGACCCACAUGGCCUUGUGUCACUCCACUGUGGUAACCCUUCUUCAGAUAAAUAGAAAAGAGACAAGAACAACUGUACCCUGCUUGAACCAGGGGAAGAAAACCCCACCUUUGUGAUGAAAUAAUCUUAUCAGCCACGGACUGAACUGCUUAGGUUCAAGCUGAUUGAUUUU